CUGGUUGCAAGGAAAGACUGUCCUUUUUGGGGCUUCAUUCGGAUGACGAUGUGAUGGGAUGAGCCAAGGAGAAUGGGGUCCCGGAUCAAGGAAAAUCCUCAGAAAAUAUUUGAUCUGUUCAUUGAAGCUGCCUGUCCAACACUUGCAGAUGAUGAUCCUCCAGUGCUUAGACAGUUCCCUUUGGAAUUCGACGACCAGGAAUCAAUCCAGAUACUGCCCAAGUUUUGCUUCCCCUUUGAUACAGAAAGGGUUCAGAAGAGCCCCACGAUCCAACAUUUCACUUUUGCACUCACCGACAUGGAGGGGAAGCAGCGCUUUGGUUUCUGCCGACUGGCCAUAGGCUUCCGUACCUGCCUGUGUAUCCUCAGUUACUUGCCCUGGUUUGAAGUUUUCUAUAAGAUCCUGAACUACAUUGGAGACAACCUAGCCAAGGAGCAGUUCACAGAGCUAGAUGAGUUCUUAUCAGCGUUGUAUCUCCACCCUGUGCCUAGUCUCAGCGGUCCCAUGAGUCUUGAAUUUGAUCCAAAGAUGACCAAAUUAAAAAUUUCAUCAGAGAAGGAUCUGGACAGACAAGGCAAGAGCCAGGAUCUGAACCCUGGGACUGCACCGGCUUAUUUCAUUGCCCCUGACCAAGGCAAACUCCCCACCAUUCCUGAAAGUAGGAACCUGACAGAGUUUGUUGUGGCUGUGGAUGUGAACAACAUGCUGCAUUUGUAUGCGAGCCUCCUUCAUGAGCGACGGAUCCUACUCACCACCAGGAAGCUCAGCACGCUCACAGCCUGUGUGCAGGCCUCCCUCUCCAUGUUGUAUCCUAUGCACUGGCAGCACAUCUACAUCCCAGCAUUGCCCUCGCACCUCCUUGACUACUGUUGUGCCCCCAUGCCCUACCUCAUAGGAGUCCACACCAGCCUCAUGGAAAGGGUGAGGAGCAAAGCCCUGGAAGAUGUCGUCAUUCUCAACAUUGACAGCAACACCUUGGAAUCGCCUUUCCAGGACCUGGAAAACCUCCCAAGUGAUGUAGUCUCUUUACUGAAGUUCCAGUUGAAGAAACAGAUGGUGACUACUGGGGAUGGAGUCGCCCAAGCUUUCCUCAGGGCACAGGCACUGCUGUUUGGCUGCUACCGAGAUGCACUCAUUUGUAGCCCAGGAGAGCUCAUCUCCUUUUGCCAAGACACCUUCCUGCAGCAAGGGUCCAGUGCCAUGCAGGCCUUCUUCCAGCGGGCUGUGCACCUACAGCUCUUCAAGCAGUUCCUGGAUGACCGCCUGGAGAAGCUGAAUGCAGGGAAGGACUUCUCCGACCUCUUUGAGCAGGAAAUCAAUAAAAGCCUGUCCCCAGGUAGCAUGCAUUCCUAUCAGCUGUGGGUGGAGAAUUUAAAGAAAGGUGGAGGAGCCCUGCUAAGUACCAUGAAAAACAAAGCCAAUCCUGCUGUCAGGAGUGCAUACCAAUAUGCCAAAGGUCAUGCCAAAAUGGGGCUAAAGAAUAUGCGGAGCCGCCUGAUGGAAAAGGAUUCCACUACAGACCAGCAUCGACAGUUGAACUGUGAUCACAUUUCUAGUCCCAUCAUGCCCACUAGGUAUAAGCAGUCUGAGAGCUUGCAAAGCCGGUUGCCCAUCACCCAGCACUUUGGGAAGUCUCGUCCCAGGCGACCACAAAGACAGCGCAGCAAGGCAGAACUGGAGGCUCAAAGGGGUGUUUCCACCUCUUCCAGCACAGUCUCACUGGAUUGUUCUUUCGAGCCUGGUGAAGGUGAAAAUUUGCACCCAGGUUUCCUGGAUCCAGGUGGCCUUGAUCUCUUAGGUGAAAUCUUUGAGACACUAAACUUGCUGGAGCCAAGCCAAGCCCAGCGGCCUCUCUAUGGGACUCACAGCCUGGACUUCUGCACCUUAGAAGAGAAGAACUUCUAUACAAAGUUGAGGCCCAGUAGAAACACACUCCAUGAACCCCUAUCUGAGGAAUGGGAUGAUAGUGACUCCUUGUCUGAGGGUGCCAUGUCCCUGGCCUCUCAGGAUCAAGGGAAUGUGCAGAGUGCUUGGCUGCUGCCCACCAGAGCUGCAAACAGAGGCAGUGAGAAGUGGAACCAUGGCACCCCUGAGCCCCAAGAGAUGCCUGGCUCUGAGAAGUCAACAGUUGCAUUGCAGGAAGAGGAGGAGACAGUGGUUGUUUCUGCUAGCUAUGAGCUGCCACAAGUGGCAUGGACCCAGAAUGUAGACCACAAGGACUCCAGCCUAAAUGAAAAUGGAACUGAAAGCUGCACUGGUAUGGAGUCUGCCCAUGAGUCUAGGAUUGACCAAACUGUUCAACCCACAUCAGCCAUCACCACCCCAAAGGCAGAGCCAUUAGCAACCAGUUCCUCCAGCAUCCAAUCGCCUGCAGCAUUGUUCCAAACAAAAGUCAAUGUGGACACUGAUUUCACGACCAAACAGAGCAUCCCAGCCCUUGGAGCUGUCACCAACCCACAAUGCUCCUUGACCCACUGCAAGGUGUCAGAACUGAAGAAAAGAUUUGAGACCUAGAAUAGGGAUAGCACUUCAUACACUUGGAAGUAGAACACCUUCUAUGUCUUGACUUCUAGAGUCAAGUAGUUGCCCCUGUGCCUGGAGGCCACACUGGAGGACUCUCCUCCAGAGUUUCAGGAUAGCUCUGGACUUUGAAAGGCUUUGAAAGGAAACACUCCAUCUAUCCGGGCAUAAACAGUGAUGGUUGGAAGCAGAAAUGGGAUCUGUUAAUAGCCCCAAAGGGGUAGGACUACCCAGGUUUCCUGCCCAGGUUCUGCUGACUGGUAAGUUGCCACCACCACUAGGAGGCAGCACUCCUGUUCAGAUAAAUUUCUGGUACAGGAGAGAUUCCCUUGACCAAGAGCUCCAUUCCUCUCCUAAGUACAGUUGACUGCUUCUCUUGUAACUUUUCCCAACAUGAUAACCAAGAGCUAUAUCAGGGAAAGCAUGUAAUGUGAAAAUGUCAGUCAAUGGCUACAUCAUUGAGUGAGUGAAUGAGCUGUCUCAGAUCAAUAACCAUAAAUAAAACCAUGAAAUGUCAGCUCAAGAUGUGAUGGUCAUUGACUUAAGUGGCUUUUAUUUUGAAGUAUUAAAUAAAUUAAUGGAAUGGCAAAAGUCUGUCUGUGGCUAUUAUGCUAGCCAGAUGGAUCCUCCAGGUUCAAAGGCAGUAUAUCUCUGAAUACAAGUUGCAGGGGGAGGGCAGUAGUGGGGAAAAGCUAUUUCCUUCAUAUGCUGCUUCAUAGCUAAAAACAGAACGUUGGAUUAAAUGUACCUUUGGGCUGACCCAACAAAACAUUCUAUUCAAAAAUAUUAAGAACAUAUUAAGACUUUCCUCUCCUCCUCUCCUUUAGCAUGUGUUUUUAAAUUUUUUUUUAAGUGUUUUUAAAUUCGUAUAUUUGUGUAUUUGUUUUUAAUGUUUUAAUUGUUGUAAACCGCCCAUAAAGCUUCAGCUAUGGGGCGGUAUACAAAUGUAAUUAAUAAUAAUAUAAGAACAUAAGAAUCAGUUUGUUCAGUCAUCACGUUUGAGUAAUCAAGUGAAAUACAUGAAAUUUGUGACCUAGUUCUACGCUUUCUACAUUGAUGAAGACAGAUAUCUUAUUAUUAACACAGAAACAUGAGUGGCUCUUCCAAGUGAUAGCUGGCAUGCAGACAAUAAACUUGUUUCUCAAAGAAUAAAUAAUGCAACAGGAAGGAACAGCCUGAAACAGUAUCAGAGUGAUACUUAUGUAGUGAAGACCAGCUGUGUCUCUAGGCAGCUAAAAAAGGUAAAGGUGUCCCCGCACUUGUAGUGCGAGUUGUUUCCGACUCUUAGGGUGACAUCUUGUGAUGUUUACUGGGCAGACCGUAUAUAUGGGGUGGGAUUGCCAGUUCCUUCCCCGGCCUUUCUUUACCCCCCAGCGUAUGCCAGGUACUCAUUUUACUGACCACGGAUGGAUGGAAGGCUGAGUGGACCUCGACCCCUUUUACCGGAGAUUCGACUUCCUCCUUCCAUUGGAAUCGAACUCCGGCCGUGAGCAGAGCUUCUAGUACAGACCGUUCUCAAUAUGUUUUUUUCUUUCCCCAGUGGAGCAAUUGAAUUUAUUCAGUGCUGGCAUGCUCAUUAAAACAAAUUAUGAAAAUCAUGGGCCUAGACCUGGCCACUGGUUAAACCAGCCUUGAGCUCUGUUGUCAGAAAAAAAAAUAACCAAGUGCAGGUGAUAUUCUCAGCACUUCUGUGGACCCUGCUAAAAGAUGCCAUUGGGAGAAUUCACAGCAAGCUACUGUUGGCUGGAAUAUGUGUGAGCAGCCCCUCCCCCUCCUGCUUAUGGACCAGCAACUUUUGUUUUAGGGCCGUUCUUCAAGCUUGGAUCCCUAGAUGUUGUUGGACUACAACUCCCAUCUUUCCCAGACUUCAUGGUCAAUGGUCAGGGAUGAUGGGAGUUGUUGGUCCAUCAUCAACUGUGGGGACUCAAGCUUGAAGCACAAGGUUUUAGGGCAGGGGUCCAUGAGCUUCAUUCAGGAGGUCCGUGGCAUGUCUGCAUUAAAUAUAUUGAUUUUUAAUUCUAUUUUAUUGCUUCUUUCAUUUAUUGUAUUAUUGUAUGCCUUUUUAAUUGUUUUGUCAACUGUAUAACUUAGAGAUAUAACUUAAGCUGCAAUCCUAUGUGAACUUACCUGCCGCUCUGGGCUUCUUUGGCAGGAAGGGUGUGAUAUAACUGAAUAACUGAAUAAAUAAAACAGAUUCAUAGAGACUUCCAUCUGGGUAGACAUAUGCAUAGGAUUGCACUGUCAGAUAUGGGACUUGAGCCAUAAUCUGGAUGGAAGGAACAAAUACACAUAUUGGCAUGCAAAAGAUCCCUUAUUCAACCCCUGGCAAGUCCAGGUAGAGUUGAUAAUAUUUCCUUCCUGAAACACUGGAGAGCAACUGCCAUUCAGCCUACGCAAUGAUGAGCGAGAUUGGCCUGUUCAUUUGGAAUAUUAAUGUCAAGAAUAGCUAACUUUGGUCAAGCUGAAAUGGGCCACCAGAGAGGAUUCUGGGAGCCCAUGAUUACCUAGGACUCCCUACUGGGAGAGGUCCGCAGCUCAGGGUUAGAUAGGCAAUUUGCAACCUGGGCAGGGGGAUGUAACUGAUCCCUAGUUGUUAUUCCUGAUCAGCUUCCUGGGAUUAGAAGUCAGGAAGAAGGGGUGUGUAGAUCGGAAGCCCUGGGGGAUGCUGACUAGCUCCAUAAUCUUCAAAGCCUUCAAAGGAGUAGACCUGCAGUGGCGGGAGGUGACUGUUUGCUUUCCCCCUCUUUGGUGACUGUUAAACUCCAUAAAAAAGGAAGGAUAAACUUCCAAAAGGAGUUCCCUAUUUUCCAUCUACUCAACUUGCCUGAGAUAUGACAGAGAAAGCCUUUUGCGGGAACCAGGCUGAUCUAUGUAAGUAUAGGACCUAGCUUAGUAAGUUCUUUAUUUUACCUCUUUGUCUGUAUUGAACCUCUCCCUUUUUGUCAUGCCAGUGUACCUCGUGUAACCCAUGGGGGAGUGAUAGCUUUAAGGAAUCAAAUCAUUGUUCACUUUGUACAUACCAUGCUGUUUACCUUUA